AUGAAGGUUCCUGUGAUACUUUCGCAACAUCAAGAUAUCAAGUCGCUACUGAAGCAGAUAAAUACAAAAGACAAGGUUUCGAAAGACGUUCGUAUUCAAGCUUGUCAUGAGCUUUACCGAGGUCUUACGUGUUCUGAUUAUGACAUCAACGACAUCAAAAAUGACAAGAAAGAUAUACUUGGUGAGUUAGCUGCAGUUAUUCAUCCGAAAUAUGGCAGUUUGGAGGUGAAGAAAUGGUGUGGACGCAUUGCCGGCAUGAUAGGAGCGAGCCUGGCAGAUGAAUUUGACGAGUGA